AAUCCAGCCUACAUGAAGAACGACUUCCACAUCAAAGUUGAGACAAUGCAUGUGCAAAACAAGGUUGACCUUGAAAAUGUGCACCAGUUGCCGCCCGAACUGCUUGAGCAGCGGGAAGUGAUUGUGAUUGACAUUGCCAACGAUCCUCUCUACUCACAAGCCGACUACAAACCCGAAUGGGAUCCAAAAACCUUCCAGUCCAAGGUCACCGGUCUUGGACCCCUGCUGGGCCCCAAAUGGUGGGAGAACACAGACAUGCCCAUAAUGUGUGCCUACAAACUCGUAACCUGCGAAUUUAAGUGGUUCGGUCUGCAGACCAUCACCGAGAGAUUCAUACAGAAUAUUGAGCGAAGGAUCUUCCUCAACUUCCAUCGCCAACUCUUCUGCAGCAUAGACUCUUGGCACGGAUUUUCAAUGAAUGACAUCCGAGCGCUCGAGGAACAGACAAAGAAGGAGUUGGACAAGGUGGGUACCGUUUGUGAAUAUUUUUUUUCGCUUUUAGGGCUCGCUUACUGCUUCCUCGGUAGUAUUGCAAAAGGUCGCAGUAAACUCAUGGACGAAUUUGUCUCCAACUUUGAAUUGGACACCAUUGCCAUUGAUCGGAGGAGCGACGAAUUCCACGCUGGAUGA